CAACAAGAAAAGUUCACACACACUUGCUUCCUUUUUGUUUUCUUUUAUUCCAACACAUAGAUGGGUUUUGAUGAUAUUUGCAACACUGGCCUAGUUUUAGGAUUAGGCUUUUCCUCAACAGCCGAUCACAAAUCAAAGAAAAUAACAACACCACUAGUAGGCAAAGGUCCGUCUCUUGGCCUUGAACCUUCACUAACUUUAAGCCUGAUUUCCGGUGAUCGUACGUACGAACAACAGCCGAUUAAAAUUAGCAAAGAUCAUCAAUCUGCUGAUUUGUACAGACAAGAUAGUGCUGCCUCUUCCUACUCAAAUGCUAGUGUCAAAAGGGAGAGAGAUGUUGGUAGUGAAGAGACAACCACAGAAGUAGAAAGAGUUUCCUCCAGAGUUAUUAGUGAUGAAGAUGAUGAUGGCUCUAACGCUAGGAAGAAACUUAGGCUCACUAAAGCACAAUCCGCACUUUUGGAAGAAAGCUUCAAGAUACACAGCACUCUCAAUCCUAAACAAAAACAGGAUUUAGCCAGAGAACUCAAUUUAAGGCCUCGUCAAGUUGAAGUUUGGUUCCAGAACAGAAGAGCCAGAACAAAACUGAAGCAAACAGAGGUAGACUGUGAAUUCCUGAAAAAAUGCUGCGAGACACUGACAGAAGAAAACAGGAGACUUCACAAGGAAUUGCAGGAACUAAAGGCUCUAAAAAUAGCACAACCUUUGUACAUGCAGUUGCCGGCGGCAACCUUAACCAUGUGUCCUUCAUGCGAAAGGAUCGGCGGCGGUGUCGGAGAAAAUCCGUCGAAAAAUGCUUUUACCAUUGCUCAAAAGCCUCACUUCUACAGUCCAUUCAACAAUCCGUCGGCAGCUUGUUAAUUAAAGGCCAUAUAUAUUAGUAAUAUAAAUCUUGUUUAGAAAAAAUCUCGGAAAGCCGCCACUUUUUUUGGUUAGGGCUUGUAUGACUAGUGCAGUUGUAUGUGUAGAGUAAAUAGAAUUAAGGUCACUAAUCAAUAUUUUUAAUUUGUUUUCUUUCUUAUGGUCCAUAUUAUAAGUCUGUAAAUCAUUAAGCAAAUAUAUACAUAUGGAUGAAUUAUUAUUAUU